GUCGUGACUUGUCAGUCAAUUUCCGGCGCUCGGUCCAGUCCUUUUCAGCAAAAUGGCUCCCAAACCGAAGCCCACGGACAAAGCAGCUGGCAAGCCAGCCGAGAAAAAGACCGAGAAGAAAGCGGAGAAGAAGCCAGCGACAGCUGCCUCCACCUCCAAGGUGACCAAACCAGCGGCCAAACAGCCAGCUAAGGAUGCAGCCAAGGCUGCCAAGCCCGCUGCCAAGGCAGCAGCCAAGACCCAGAAGGGGGCAGCCAAGAAUGCUGCCAAACCUGCAGCCAAAGCAGCACCAAAGCCAGUGACUGCCAAGCCCAAGGUCAAGAAUGUUGCACCUGGCAAGAAGACACCCAAGGGUGGAAAGGCUGCACCUCUUCAGAAGGCUCUCAAGGCCCAGAAGAAGAUCUUGAAGGGUGUCCAUGGCUCUCGUGUGAGAAAAAUCAGGACUUCGGUUCAUUUCCACCGUCCCAAGACCUUCAGACCCCCCAGGAAUCCAAAGUACCAGCGAAAAUCUGUCCCCAACAGGAACAGAAUGGAUGCCUACAACAUCAUAAAAUUCCCCCUCACGACUGAGGCAGCCAUGAAGAAAAUCGAGGACAACAACACUCUGGUGUUUAUUGUGCACACACGUGCCAACAAAUACCACAUCAAGGCAUCAGUGAAAAAGCUCUACGACAUCGAUGUCGCCAAAGUGAACACCCUCAUCAGGCCCGAUGGCAAGAAGAAGGCUUACGUACGUCUCACUCGUGACUACGAUGCACUCGAUGUCGCCAACAAGAUUGGUAUAAUAUAAGUAUUUUUAUUAUUCCAUUCUACUUGUAUAAAAAUAUAAAAUAUCUGUGCUGAAUAAAUUUAAACAUCUGUGCAGGA